AUGGAAAAAGCAGAAGAGAAUCAAACAGUCAUCAUGGAAUUCAUCCUUGUGGUAUUCAGGAUUAUUCCUGAACUGCAGCAUCUUCUCUUCCUGCUCUUUCUAGCAAUCUACAUUGCAACGGUAUCAGGGAAUCUUCUCAUUGUUGCAUUAGUAGUAAAUUAUAAGCAGCUUCAUACACCCAUGUAUUUCUUCCUAGGCAAUCUAUCCUGCAUGGAGACCUGCUAUACUUCUGCCAUCCUGCCCAGGAUGUUGACCACAUUCUUCACAAAUAAACAUGUCAUCUCAUUAAAUGGUUGUUUCUUGCAAUAUUAUUUCUUCACCUGGCUGGCAGGCGCUGAGUGUUGUCUCUUGUCAGCCAUGUCUUAUGACAGAUACCUAGCAAUAUGCAAGCCCCUACAUUAUGCAAGUCUUAUGAACAGAUUCUGUUUGCAACUCGCACUUGGGUCUUGGAUGAAUGGGAUGGUGGCUAGUGCCAUUGUGACCUCUUUGAUGCCACAUUUAAUCUUCUGUGGCCCCAAUGAAAUUGACCAUUUCUUCUGUGAUUUCACCCCAGUGGUGAAACUUUCCUGCAGUGACACCAGCAUGAUUGAGCUUGUUACUUUCAUCCUGGCUUCCAUAUUCACACUGCCACCAUUUUUACUGACAGUCAUAUCAUAUAUUUGUAUUAUUGCCACUAUCCUGAAAAUGCCUUUUGCAACCAGGAGGAAAAAGGCAUUUUCCACCUGCUCUUCACACCUUAUUGUGGUAACAAUUUUUUAUGGCUCUCUAAUCACUGUGUAUCUGUCACCAAAAACUAACACAUUGAGAGACCUCAAUAAGCUUUUCUCUGUCUUCUACACUGUCCUGACUCCCAUGGUCAACCCUCUCAUAUAUAGCUUGAGAAAUAAAAAUGUAAAGGAUGCUUUUGCAAAAACUGUGAGCAAAUGUGUUGCCUUAAUGAGAGAUCAAAGAAUCCACAGUGAUUGUUAA